AUGGCCAUUCGACCGCUCCUCCCCUUUUUAGUCCUUUUGGUGCGCGUUGUCGACCUGCUCAAUCUGGAUUUCGGAGGGCUCGUGAAGCAGACGGUGGCCGGCAACGAGGCGGUUCUGCACAAUUGCAGCAAGGACCAGGACCAGAUUCUGCAGCAGUGUUACCUUGACAUGUUCCUCUCCUACGGCUUGAACUCUACCGAACUGCCGCCUGCCAGUUCGGAUCCUUUCAAAGAAGUCCGCUAUGAUGCUACCGGAAUGUGCACGUUUGUCGCUUUCUCAAUUCAAUCCCUCCUCAUACCGGUGCCUUGCAGCAGUUAUUCAUCUCUUCGGCACUGCCACAGCGACGUCCUAAACGACUGUCUCAAUUAUAACACUUUCAAUUCGUUGUUCGAUUCUGAAGUGGACGCCGCCUAUUACGUCUCGCAAACUGCGUUUCUGCAGUUCUACUGCGAUUACGGCAAAGACUGUGAGUUUGAACUAAUUGAACAGGCCACAAGGAUGUCUAAAAUGCUCUUUUGGAGGUUUUUUUUUGUUUGAAAAUGCUCGAUACCAAUUAAUUUUCCAGUUGUCGUUUACUACGAAUGCAUGCAAGCCAUCGAUAUGAACGACCUUUCGAGCACCAUUUUCACAGAGUGUUCCGUGCUGGAAGUGGGCAGUUGCGAGUGAGUUUCACAAUUUGAAGUGCCAUCGCUCCAUCCGAAUUUUAUUCAGUUCCGUUUCUCGAACAACUCAAUGCGAACGGGCUGUGGUCCGGAAAUCGUGCGGGAAGAACGGAGUCCAUUCGUACUGCCAAUACCAGAAGAUUCUGAUGGACAUGACUGGAUGGAAUUUUUGUGAAUACAUGCCCUGCGUCAACUCAUCUCUUUCUUUCUCGUUUUCUUAUUUAUCUGCCUUGUUACCCUCAGAACCAUUUUUAUCUGAUCUCUACAGUAAUUGUUACAAAAUACAUAAAUCGGUUAUAUUUAACUUACUAAUCGGUAUUAUUCACAGCAAAACCCGCGGUUUACAAAGAGAGAAAAUAUGAUUUAGAAAAGUCUGUACGAUGGACGGUUUUUCAUGAGGGCCAAGUUCUUGAAGUAA